GUAUAAAUUCAUCUGGAGUGGAAUCAUCCUCUAUUGAACACAAUAAAUCCAUUAAUAAUUUAUCAGUGAAUCAAUUCAAACGUCAUGAUGUUCAAUGUUCCAAUGAUAAAGAAAAUUAUUAUAAUAAUGAUAACAACAAUAAUAAUACUUUUCAUGAGCUUAAACAAACUAACAUAUGCAAUCAAUUAAAGAAAUCAAAAAAUCAUUCUAGAAAUCGUACAGCAUUUACAGAUUAUCAAUUAAUAUGCUUAGAACGUGAAUUUAAUCAAUUAAAAUACUUAUCACGUAUUGAUCGAAUUCAAUUGGCGCAAAAUUUAAAUUUAAGUGAAAAACAAGUGAAAAUAUGGUUUCAGAAUCGUCGUGUUCGUUGGCGAAAAAGAAAAUCCUUGGAGUCGAAGUAAAAGUUAAAACGGAUGAUGAAAUCAAAAAUAUUCAAAUUUUUUUUACAGAAAAGUUUUUCUUGAUUUUGUAAAGAACAAAGAUAUUUUUCAAGAAAUAUUUUUAUUUUUGUUUUAAUAGAAUUUUGUAAUUUGAUUUAUAUGAAUAAAUGUUUGAAAUACUUUAC